GAGAGUGAGAGAGCGAGUGAGUGAACAUCUUAUCAAAAGCCAAAGCUCUCCCCGAGUCAGACUCCGUCGUUUUGUUCUUACUCAUUUUCGAGGUGUUCUAUCAUUAGUCAGUCUCUUCGUCUUUGACUUCUUGGAGACGCCUUUCCUUUUGACAGUUUCAAGAAGGGAAGCUUUUGAGUUUGAGAGGGUGUCAAUGAGUUUUUCUUCUUCGACGAUGAGGAAGGUGGUUUCGAAGAUAAUUGGCGUCGUUUUGGUGAUGGUCCUCUUGCUGGCUAUACUGAUAUCCAAGUCUUCAUUUCUCUCAGGUUCGGGUAAAGAUGAAGGUGGAUUCAUGGGCUUGAGCCACAUGUUUCUUCACGAGGAAGGGAAUUACAGUGCCUCUUCCCUGCAUCGCAAGCUGCUUGUUCGCUCGGUGGCAAAGGAAGAACCUAACAGGAUCGGAGAAAAGUGUACAAGCGCUGAUAUUGUGAUUAGUCAGGGACCCACAGCUCCUCUCUCUAGUGGCAUACCUACUUACACUGUUCAGAUCAUGAACAUGUGUGCCACUGGAUGUGACAUCUGCAGGGUUCACCUCAACUGUGGCUGGUUCAGCUCCGCUCGCCUCGUCGACCCCAAGAUAUUCAAGCGGCUUCGCUACAACGACUGCCUUGUAAACGAUGGAAAGCCUUUGGUAGCUGGUGGCAUUCUCACCUUUGAAUAUGCCAAUACGUUCUCGUACCCUUUGUCAGUCUCCUCCAUAUCAUGCCAUUGAAGAAUAUACAAGACCAAAAACUAGCACGUAGCUAACAAUAACAAGCAACAUUGGCAUAUUUUAUAGCGCACACUGCUGGAUUUUUGUCAAACACUUACUGCCCAGAGGCCCUUGUGUGUUUUGGAUGGAUUUUUUCGGGGCGGAUUGAGAGGUUUAGAAAUUAGAAUACGGUACAGGGACUUGCAGACUGAAUUGGGACGAAGCAAUUAGAUGUGAUUCUGAUUUUUUCUGGGGUGACCUCCCGGUAUAUGGUUUAUAUUCGUAUAUUGUAGUUAAUAUUUGAUCAUGGAUGCGAGAAUUUGAAGCUGUGAUCA